GCCCCACUCUAAAAGCUCUGAAACUGCCUAGGUCGGCUAGCUACCGUUUGCCCGACUCCAUGAUUCCUCUAUACUACCAGGUGACGCUACAACCCAGAAUGUACAAUACCGACCCAGACAAGUUCGUUUUCAAGGGCAGUGUGAAGAUCCACAUGAGAUGUCACAGUCCGACAAACAACAUUACUCUACAUGCCAGCGGACUUAUUUUGAAAAGAACAUCUGUUAAAUUCUUCCCAGAAGAACGCUCAUUUUUGGGAGAUCCAAAGUAUACGCAUUUUGUGAAAGAUAAAGAGAGACAAUUCGUCACAUUUUGGCUAGACAAGACCACAGAGCAUUAUUGGCUGCAGAUGGAUUUCAAAGGGCCACUAAGGACUGAACCAGUCGGUCUCUACUACAGUGAAUACAUGGAUAACAACGUUACCAAAUAUAUGGUUAACACGCAGCUCCAGCCAAUCUAUGCCAGGAAAGUCUUUCCAUGUUUUGAUGAGCCAGCAACGAAAGCCCAGUUUCAAAUUAACAUCCUCAGACCAGCCAACCGCAUUUCUUUGUCCAACAUGCCGAUUGAUAACUCAGAUGAACAUAUUGAAAACAACGGCAUCGUGUUUCAGAAGGACGUCUAUGCUCGGACACCGACUAUGUCCACCUACCUAUUGGCUUUUGCUGUCUGCGACUUUCAUUCGCAAACCCGUAUUUUCAAUGACAGCAUAACUCUCAAAACUUGGGCUCAACCAAGGUUUGCUAAUGACACCCUAACGGCGCUACAUUUUGCAGAAGAUCUACUGGGCGACUUUAAAGAUUUCUUUGCAGUUAAAAUAUCCUUUAUCAAAGCAAGAAAACAUCACUUGUUGUAUAAUUCGGCUGUAAAUACUAAAUCGACCUAUGAUAGAAUGGCUUCGACAAUUUCCCGACAGUUUGCACAUCAGUGGUUUGCUGCUCGUGUGGCCCCAACAUGGUGGACCGACGACUGGGUAAACGAAGCCGUUGCUAGUUUCUUGGCACGAAUACGGAUUACCAAAUUGGUUUCUCCCUGUAAAACGGAUGAAAUCUUUGUGGCUGAGACGCUGCAUCCUGUUAUGGAGCUUGAUAGCACCGAUGAUACACGUCCUCUUUCUAUGCAAGUUCAAACACCGGCAGAAAUUACGAAUUUGUUCGAUGACAUCUAUUUUAAAAAAGGUGUUUCAAUUGUCAGAAUGGCAAAC